AUGACCUGUGCUAUUGAACAAACGCAACGUAAUAUGGUCGCAUGUGGAGGUCUUGACAACCUCUGCAGUAUCUUUCACUUGUCACAGACACCAGUUAUUCGAGCGACAAAAGAACUAGCAGCUCAUGAUGGAUACUUAAGCUGCUGCAGGUUUAUUGACGAAACAAACAUUGUUACAAGCUCGGGAGACUCUAAUUGCAUCCUUUGGGAUAUUGAGAGUGGAGACGUAAAGACAACGUUUCGUGAACAUUCUGGAGACGUCAUGUCCGUUAGUAUUAAUCCGAAUGAUCCAAAUAUGUUUAUUUCAGGAUCGUGUGACUCUACGGCUAAAGUCUGGGAUAUCCGGAUGGGCAAAACAACACACACGUUUCAAGGACACGAGUCAGACAUUAACUCGGUGGAUUUUUUCCCCAGUGGUAACGCUGUCGGCACUGGAUCAGAUGAUUCAAGCUGUCGACUCUUUGAUCUGCGUGCGUAUGGAGAGCUGAACAACUUUAGCAACGACAAAAUUCUAUGUGGCAUCACAUCCGUGAGUUUUUCCAAGUCUGGACGCUUUCUUUUUGCAGGAUACGACGAUUACAAUUGCUAUUGCUGGGAUGUGCUUAGCACCACAGGUGCACACAUUUACCAACUUGCGGGUCACGAGAACCGUGUGUCCUGUAUUGGUGUUAAUGCGGCAGGACAGGCACUGUGCACAGGCAGCUGGGAUACCUUACUGAAGAUAUGGGCAUAG